UGCGCAAGAUGGACAGACGUUAUUUUUUCUUCUCUUGUAAAAUGGAAUAAUAAUGUUAUAAAAAACUGUUCCAGCUACUCCAGAGAUGAGCCAAGAAGUAUUCUGUAAAGUAAAAUGAAUCAUACAUAAUAUGUGGUAAGCAGCAUUCUCAAAUUUACCAUGGUCUUGACAUUUUGAUUUGUGUGUAAAUGUUUCGAUAUAAACGGUGACCAGUAUUCAUGGUUGUUGUCAUACUCAAGUAAAUGCCUAUUGGUCAGUCAACGAUAACAACGUAUACAGAAUACACAGAAUACACUUAUACACAGAAAUAUAAACAAAAAUAUUCUUAUGAUGCGUGUGCAAUAAAUGUCAAAAACCAUCUCAAGCCAAAAACGCAGAAGACACUCGACGGAACCAUCGCCGGGAAAAAGCCAAAGCUUCAGCGAAAAACCUUCCAGCAAAAAACUUAUCACUGAUAACGAAUUUAAAACUGUAACUAUGUCUAAACAAAGUCAACCUCCUGUUUCUAACCCAUCUACACAAAGUAACCAGUCAAUUUUUACAGAUAACGAUGUUAAUAGACUAGCACAAGCGGUUAAGGCCAUAAUGUUCGAAGACCUGCGCAAUGAACUUAAAUCCGACUUACAGAUGUAUUGCAACAGCUUAACCGUUCCACUUUUUACUGAGAUUGAAAAACUUAAAACAGAAAAUAUUGAACUGAAAAAAUCCAUAAACGAGGUAGGCAAACUGAGUUUAAAAGUGGACGACUUAGAACAGCACAGCAGGAAGAGUUGUAUUAGAAUAAGUGGGGUUCCUUAUACCCAGAGUGAAGAUACAACAAAAAUUCUAUGCGAUAUAGCAUCUAAACUUGAAGUUGAUUUACAAAGUAACGAUAUUAGCGUAUCGCAUCGUUUACCAACUAAAGAAGGCCACAAGCAAAUCAUUGCCCGCUUCACGCACACCAAGAAACGUGCUGAAUUUUUGAAGGCAACAAAAAAUAUUCGAAAUAUCCCAGAUUUACAUGGUGUCGGAAUAAGUCAGGACUUGACCAAGGCACGUAGUAGAGUUGCUUUCUUAGCUCGUGAAGCAGUGAGAAAGGGUAAACUAAAAUCAUCCUCAGUAUGGGACGGAAAAAUAUUCUUAACAGCCAAAAAUGACGAUAAACGCAUUGUAUCUACCGAAUCUGAAUUGAAAGACUUCAUAAACGGUAAACCAGGUCUAAGACGAAGUGAUAUAGAACACAAUGUUGUUGAUAUGCCUAUCGCUCGUUCCCCUGGUACUCCUCAUUAUCUACCAAACAACAUGAUGUUUCCUCCACAAAUGAUGCAAUACCAAAGCGGGGCCCAAGCGAUGUACCCGCAAAUGUUUGGAAUAAUGUCUUGAUGUACUUUAAACCAAUUAAAACAUUAUGCAUAU